AUGAAAAAAUGUGAAGCUAAACAACAUCAAAAAUUUGCAUAAUUUCAUUCACUCUUAGAAAUUGAUUGUGUGAAAGAUUAGAUGUUGGUGUCCUAUCAAUAAGACUUUUAAUAAUUAAAAAGAUUUUACGCAAACAUUGAUCCUAAUUAUAUACAGUGGCUAAAUGGAGUCUAUAGAAUGUCAUUUGAACCUAUUUAUAAUACUGAAGAAAUUUUGAGGAAAGUUAAAAAUGGAUUAAGAAACUUUGAAGACACCUUAAAAUAGAAUAUUAGGAAAAAUCUCAUUUCAUUAUUAUACCUUUAAAGACCUGUGCCUGCUAUCUUCGUAUUUCUCAAGAUCUCCUCAACUUCAUUUGAAAUUGUAUAUAAAGAGGAUUUCUUAGUAAUUUUGCAUACAAUGUUGCAAAAGGCCAAUUUAGAUUCUCAAUCUGAUCUCUACUAAAAACUGUAUAACAGUUUGAUUGAAGCUAAUGAUGAAGAAAUCAUCUUAUAAAGUAUUAAACUACUUAAUAAGAAAUUUGAACUUGCGAGUUAAUUGAAUCAGAAGUAAUUCGAAGUCUUUGAUAAGAUAUCCAACCAAUUCAAUAAAAUAGAUUUCUCAGAAUCCAAAGAAGUUAUUAUUUAAAUCGUAAGGAAUUUCUAGGAAUUCCAGGAAAAAUUAAAAAACAAAAGGGCAAGUUUGGAUUAGGUGAAAUCUGAGAAAUUUCCUUAAUUUGUACUUAAGGUUGUGUUGAUGUUACUGAAAGAAUAAGAAAUCGUUGUUCCAGAACUCCUUUUAUUUUUAUGCUUUAAAGAAUCACAGAAAAAAAAGAAAUCCAUUGCAAUCAGAGUGUUAGUUAAGGAAAUUUUAAAGAUUUUUGCCCUUCCUCGUUUGAAACCUUGUUUGGAUCACUUGAAAAUAGAUAACAGCAUAUUUACCAAAGGAGCUAGUGGGUAUGACCAAAUGUAUUCAUUAUGUGAGAAGGAAUACCCCAUUUUUCUUAAUAUCAAACUUAAUGGAGCAUUAAUAUCCUAUAUUGAAUACCUGCAUUAGACUACCCAUAUAAAUACUUAAUAGUUUUUAAAUGUAUUUCAAUCCCCUGAAUUUAACAACUUCUUAGAACAAAUUUGGAAUAUUUGUGGGAAAGAAAUACAACAAUUAUUAUAGAAUAUUCUGAUUGAAGAUUUGGAAUAUGCAAAGUACGGUUCAAAUAUCCUUCGAAUAGGAACAUUUUUGUAUCGAAUCAAAUUCAAAUUGGAGAAAAGGAGAACGAACAUAAUGGAGAAGGGAUAUGAUGCAGAGGAGCAAUCAUUGGAGAGACGAACAUAUGGAGUAACCGAAAGAAGUAUGAAUCCCUUAUUCAAGACAUUUAUCACUGAUUUGGUUCAUAGGAAGAAGCCAUUCCCAUUAUUGCUCAAAACAUUGAAAAUGGAUCUCUAUAAUUUGAAGGUUGGAUAUAGGAUUACUGAGAUGAGGGAAUUGGUGGUGGAUCCUAAAUUCAAAAAACACAUGAAAGAAAAACAUGGGGUUGUUUGGAAUAGAGAAGAUCCUGAUGAGAAUCUAGAUCACAUUAUUGCCAGACAAUACCCAAUUAAGGUAAGUAACAAUGGUAAGAAGUACGAACUUAAUUGGCCUAGAUUAAUCAAGAAAUAGGCAAAACUAAUUUAUGAUAGUAAGGAACAAUUAAAGGCUUAAUUAUUAGAUGUUUAUGCGAAUUAGAAUUUCAUUAAGGUUUAUAAUGAAUUGAUUAAAUUAAAUGAUAAUAAUAAAAAAAAAAUGUAAACAAAGGAAAUCUUAAUGAACUUGGUUGCAUAUAUUAAAUCUAUAAAGGAGGAGUGA